AUGGAGUCUAUCAUACCUGAUGUUCCCGGUGUGCCGGUAUCAGAUCCAAUGCAACUGGAGUUUUUAAGAGAUCAUGUUCGAAACUUGUGCAAUCUCAGAUCGACUCGCUUUCCAGGGUCUCAACCAGUGUCGUUCAAUAAAUCAUCUCUAGACGUGCUACUUCACGAAGACUUUUGGGUAUGCGAAAAGUCUGAUGGUCAGCGUGUACUUGUUCUAAUUGUGGUCCCUCCAGUGACAGGUAUCCAAGAAGUUUAUCUGAUCGACCGGAAGAAUGUGUAUUAUCGAGUUCAUGGUAUAUAUUUCCCGCCGUUACCGCGUGGCACAGGAACAAUGAUGGAGCCAUUCCCAUUAACCAAUACACUCUUGGAUGGAGAGCUUGUUGUUGAUACACUGGCCAAAGGUCAAACAAAGCUGAGGCUUUUAUUAUUCGACUGUCUCGUUAUUGACAGCAUGAACAUAACAAAUCGUCCAUUGAGUAGGCGAUAUGCCAGUCUACAGAUGCAACUAUUCCCAGCAUUCCGUAAAUUCAUGCAAGGACAUCCAGACUUACAGAUGAUGCUUCCUUUUGAAAUCCAGGUGAAACCAAUGGAUCUAGCAUAUGGAAUUAGCGCCGUGAUUGAGCACAAAAUACCUCAUCUUCUCCAUGGAAAUGAUGGGUUGAUUUUCACCAGCUUUGAAAGUCCCUACGUGUUUGGAACAAACUCCAAAAUCCUGAAAUGGAAGCCGCCGCAUGAGAAUACAAUCGACUUUAUGCUUCGUCUGCGCUUUCCACCUGAUUUUGAGGCUGAUAAAAGCGGAAAUACACCUGAUUAUUGUGCGAAGCCCUUGUUUCAGCUGUGGCAGCAUGAAAGCGGUGAUGUGCACGUCCCAUUCGAUUGGCUUGACAUGGACGAUGAUGAAUGGGAGCGUUGGAAGGAAAGUGGGCAACAGCUUGAUGAGCGCAUUGCUGAAUGCGCCUGGCACCCUCCCGCAUCAGGCGAUGAGAGCAUUUCAACUUGGCACAUCAAACGCCUGCGAGAUGAUAAAAUUACCGCUAACCAUAAAACGACCAUAUCCCGGAUUCUCCAGAGUGUGCGGGACGGUGUUUCAGAAGAAGAGCUUAUAAGUCUUGUACCAGCUAUACGUGAAGCGUGGAAAACACCAGAACGUGAAUCUCACAGAGCGGAAUUGUUUGGGCCAUCUCGGCAAGUACGUCGUAAAUCAUGUUUCAAAGGUCUUGGUGGUCCAGGUGCCCCGCUGGUUCGGGGUGGGAUGCCAAAUAUUAAGCGUUAA